CUGUAGCCGCAGUAGGAGCAAAGCGUUAAUUUGUGCGAGGAGUUCGUCCUCGUCCUUCAGAAGGUUCCUGCUCCGCGCGUGUCGCUGCGCAGGGUGCUGGCUGGGGGUAACCGCUGUCUUUGGAAAGUUGGAAGUUUCUGAGUGCUGUGUCGGUAUUUUUGUAUUGCUGUGGCAUGGCGACGCUUGGCAGGAAUAAAGGAAUUGCCUCAUCCCGAUCUGCGAUGCUGUGAGCUCACCUUGGCUUCCCGUGUGACGCCUGGCUGACACCUCCAGCAGCUGUUGGGUUGCCCUGCAUGCAGCUGGAAGCUGCUCAGCUGCCAUAGUAACAAAUGAGGCAGAAGCACCUGUAUGGUACAGCCGCGGGAUAAGUAAUAUUAGGGAAAUAUUAUCCCUUAAUGCGCUUCAGUAGCUGGAAAUUAGAUCGAGUGCUACUGGUUGUCCUCUGAGCACUGUUGGGCCUGUGGUGAAGGGCAGGGAGGCUUCACAACAGCAUUGGGAACUGUGUGGGACGAGCUCUCCUUGAACCACCGCCAGUUUUGAAGUGAACUUCUGGUGCUUUGGACGGGUGGAGGAGCACAGUGUAGCUCUCAUUGCUGGCGGAGAAGUGCAUCGUCUUGCUUGAAAGUAUUGUACUCAUGUGCUUGAGUAUUUGCUAGCAAGUUGAUAGAGGGCUGUCCUGCUUGGAUUUAGUUAUGCGUCUGAUUGUUGCCAUUGGUUUCUGUGGUAGGUAUCGGACAGAAAGAAAACAGGGUCCCUGUCAAAGGAUUCCCUUCCACUUCCUGUGCUUGGGUUCUGUUGCCAGUGAAUGCAACCUGUUACAUCUGCGUUGGGUUUCCUUUGCCGGAGCAGGGGUGGUUAAUGGGAACAGGGGCCCUGCUAACCUGGCCAAGCACAUACAUGGGGCCUGCGAGGUGCUGUCAGUGUGUUAUGGUAGACCCAAGUGGUAAGGAUGUGAUAUAGUGGGCUUCUUUGGACUGCAACUGAAAAAUGUGUGUGGGAAAAGCUCUUGUAGUUUUAAAAGAGCUGGUUUUGUGUACAUUAGUUAUAAGUACUAUAUUAAGUAUAAAAAAACAGGACUUUAGUUCCAAGGCUGUUACGCAAGCAAUUACCCGUGAAGUCAAAGGCAUGGCAUGCCUCUGAUGUGGGAGGUGAGCGACCUUGACUGUGAGAGCCAUCCUGGAGAGACUACAAGGAGCCACGGGCAGCAGCAGGAGGGCUGUGCUUUCCCUUGGGAUGUGCCAGGGCUCAGUAGCUGUGUCUCUGUGUCAAGGAGAAGGAGAGUCUGUAGGCCCACCGCCUGUGGAAAGAGCUCAUUCUCCAAAACAAGCAGGCCAGCAAAGCUACCUGUGGGUGUUUGGUCAGAUCGGGGUGCUUGUUUUGUGCUUAUAUGCUGAAGCUGAACAUCACCACAAAUUAUACAUAGCACGAGCUGAGACCACUAACUGGGGUGUUUAUUUAUCCCACCUCAGCUAUGGCUGUUUUAUAAUCGCAUCUGUGUUAUUUGACCGCUAAAGAAGGAGAUUUCUUCUAAACAGGAAAGAAGAGCUGAGGAUGCCAUAGUAUCUGAGGGACACCGUCAGCAUGCAGCCUUGAACUCUCAGAAUGGUCGCUCAGUCUGUUUUAUUCUUGCUUGGAGCAGGCACUUCAGUGAAGCCUGGCUUCAUGGGCAGUGUUAGUGCUACCACUCUGAGAGCCUGCUGAAAGCAGUGGCAUGGAGAGGGAAGUGUGGCUGUUUUGGGGUUGUGUGUCUUCAUCAGGUGCCUCCAGUUGUGUACCAAGGCACUCAGGUUUACUUUUAGCUCCUGACAUUUCACAGUCGUGGUUUGGGGUGUUUGGGUAUUUGGGCUUUUGUGGGGAGUGAGUUCUUUAUUUGGUGGGUGUGGAUAUUUUUUGUCCCCUUCUUUUUUAGGGGAUGUGUAGGGGGGGCACAAGAGAGCACUAUUUGUCCUGUUCAUGGAAUCAACACUAUUAUAACUGCAAAGACUGUACAAACAGCUUGGUGUCAGCCUGCAGCUCCAUCUCAAAAACAGCCCCUUUCAUGCAGGGACUGCAGGGUAUUGCUGCUGUUCAAGUCUGCACAGGACCAAGUUGGUUUGCCUUGCAGCAUAUACGCCUCUAUUUUCCUUAUCACUCGAUAAGGAGAAAGCCUGGGGUAAAGCCGAAGGUGAAGAGGUAACUUUACAGAGGGAAACAAACUUACGGGCAUGUUUACGUGCAGUAGCUCACGCCUUCAGAAAUGCUUUCUGAUCAUUGAAAGGGCCGUGUGAAGACCAAUAGACUGUGCUUAGAGCUGGAGUACUUUAUAUCUUCAUUAUCACAAACUGCUGUCCCUGUAGCAGUAUAGGGUUUUUGUGCCCCAAGUAGCAUCCUAUUUUCCUAUGUCAAACAAGGCGUUAACGAUCUGAACUAUUAGCAUAAAUGGGAGCUCUGAAGAAUGUAAUGAGGAUGCUGUUGAAGCAGUGGGAUUAGUGUCUCUGUCAAUGCAGUGACAUGACUUUAUUAUGCACAUAGAAAUGUAAGUCCGUAUUAUUUUUGUUUUGAUGGUUGCAUUAGACAUGAAUCCCUGUUUCACAAAACGACUUGCUGCAAAAUACUGAGGAUGUGGGGCUGUGCUCUUAGACGUUCUUCUACAGCAAAAUUCAGAUCGGACUAAACGAAGGGAGUCUGUUUUGUGCAAUGGAAGAGUGAGUGUAGCUUUUGAGAUCAGUUUGGGUUUCCAGAUUGUAAUGCAUGUCACUGAAGCAGCCAGCUAUGUGUAUGUCAUUUAAUCUGUUGUGAUCUUUAUUUUGUAAGCUGUGUGUAAUCUCUUCGGCUGUGGCCAAACUCAGUGUCCUUUAAGCUGUGAUUGUUCUGCAUUUCUUUCUUCACCGCAAUAAGGCAUUUCGUUCAGUGGGAGAACGUGCCGACCUUCCAAUAACUGAUUCAGAUUAAGUAAUAAUUAGAUGUAAUUACUGUUCCUAGGGGGAAAGUAAUUCUGCCUUACUGAAAUUCUUUUGUCUUCAAUUCACCUACUCUGUUCUUAUGGAAAUACAAAGCGAAGUGCUUUUGGCACUCCUUUCAAGCUGCUGACUUGUGUUUAAUCUGCUGCCACUGCUCGGUUUCUGCGGUCAGGUAAUCUGCAUCCACAUACUUCUGUGCUGCCAGCAGUGAGCAAUGCUCACCCAAGUAACACGGGGCUUGCUGAACAGUGCAGUGCAGCAGCUCUCCAUCCCAUCCACCUGCCCCUGCAUGGCUCCACGAGGCAGCUCGGUGCCUGCCUUUCUGCUCCCGCCUCUUGCGUCAGAUUUCGCAAGGUUGGAGGAGCAGAGUUGUUUUUUCCUGCCCAGUAACAAACUAGUUUUAUUACUUCCAGUGCUUAUGGGAUAUCUCGUGUAACUUGUGUCCCCGUGUCAGGCAGCAGAUCUGACGUGUGUGUGGUGGGGAAUUAUUUGGAACUCAGAGGCCAGACCCAGAAUUUCCCGCCCAAAUGGGUGUCCUGGUGAGGACCAGAGCUCUGCAGACCCUGUCCACAUCUGUUUGAGGUUACGUAGAGCUGGACAACCAUUCUUGUUAGGCAAGCACACUUUUUGCCUGUGCUGACAGACUUUAUGUUGAAUAUUCCUAUGGUAUUGAUUAUAAGUAUAAAAAUAUAAAACUAUUUUGUAAUGAUGGACAAAUGUAGAAAAUGGGCUUUAGAGGUAGCUUUACAUUUAAGAAGCUCUUGAAUUGUUCUGGUUUUAAUUUCACUUCAGUGAACAGAAUCUAUUUUUUACCAGUGCAGUUGGGUAGUUUUAACUUUCACAUUGCCUCCUGCGUUCUGUUUCUCUACACCAAGUAGAUCUAGCCCCAUGUGUUUCUGGAUAUACUUGAUCUGAGAAGGUUGGAUUAGAUAGAAAUGGACUGGCAGCACUCGCUCUUUUCUAAGGAGAGAGAAGGAAACAAUUUGUCAGACCCUAGUUUAGGUGAUGGUGUAGUACAGUCAUCCCUGUCCCACUCACAGAUGUAGCGAUGGAUUAACAGAGCCAGCCAUCAAGGCCACUUGUAAGGUCCAGUCUUAAGCAAAAUGUAUCCAUGGAUCUCCAUGACCCUUGGCCUUAAAUAUGUGCAAGGAGCAAAAUCCACCUGCUGUUAACUCCUGUUGACAAGAAUUCCCCCAGCUGGCAUGUCUGAAGAAGAGCUCAUCAAAUCCUUGGUGUCUCGUUAUGCAGAUAAUUAUCAUGUCCCGUGCCUGCCAGCACAACUGUGAUGUUUGGUGACUGCUAGCAGCUGAAUUUGGGGGUGCUUAGAAUGACUCUAGAAGCCAAAUACAUCCAUUUCUGAUGCUGGAAACAUUGUAACAUUUGGCCUGAACUGUUCUUUUUGCCUUUUGACUUUGAUUUCAUGAGUGGCAUCUCACUCCAAAGUGUAGUGGAUCAUUCUUACUGGGAGAAAAAUGGCUUUCAGAAAUGUUCAUUAAAUGCCAGGUCAACUAAAAUGUCUGUAAUUAUGUACUAACUUCAGCUAGCGCGCUUGACAACAUGACACCUGUCCCCUCUUACAUUUUUAUUAUCAGUUAUGCUGUUUUUGUAGUGACUUCUGAUCAGAAAGCACAUAUUAUGUCAAAAGUUUGUGUGAAUAAGAUAGCUUUUUUUUCCCCUUUUCUUCCCAUUUCCUCAAUGAAUAACUUGCUGAAGGUACUCCCCCUGUCCAUGUCCCCUCUGAGCUGCCUCCUUGCAGCCUGCCCUGCGGCCCCACAGCUGUGUGCAUUGGGAGUGGAUGACAUGGGAGGGAUGGAGGAUCCCACGGCUGGAGAAAUUGACAGGAUAAAGAUUGCUGGGUUUUGGUGAGAGGUUUCACUUCCUAGUCUAUUGAAGUUGUAAGGACUCACCUGAGAGUUUUUAUUUUUCUUGAGCCUUUCUUGGAGAUUCAUCAUAUCACUCUCCGAGGAGCAAUUUGAAAAAGAAAGUUGUGACGCAGCCAAGGAAAGAGUCAUUUUGGAGGUUUUCUUUUUCCAAACUCCGUGUGUCUUCAUGGUGCUGAGGGUAAUUGUUAGCUGACAGGCAUUCACCACUGCUACUUCCAAAAAAGAAAACAGAAAGCACUGAGGAAAGGAUUUCCCCCAACCCCCACCUUUUUAGGAGUAUUGGAUGAAUGAGUAUACAUCUUCCCUUGGAAUUGGAGUAUUCCAUUCGGGUAUAGAGGUGUAUGGCCGAGAAUUUGCCUAUGGUGGUCACCCAUACCCUUUUUCUGGAAUAUUUGAAAUUUCUCCAGGAAAUGCUUCCGAGCUAGGAGAGACAUUUAAAUUUAAAGAGGCUGUGGUUCUAGGCAGCACUGACUUCAUGGAAGAUGAUAUAGAAAAAAUAGUAGAAGAGCUUGGAAAAGAAUUCAAAGGAAAUGCUUAUCACCUAAUGCACAAAAACUGCAAUCACUUUUCUUCAGCUUUAUCUGAGAUUCUGUGUGGAAAAGAGAUUCCACGAUGGGUGAAUCGCCUCGCCUACUUCAGCUCUUGUAUACCGUUUCUCCAGAGCUGUCUGCCGAAGGAAUGGCUGACUCCUGCAGCCCUCCAGUCCAGUGUCAGCCAGGAGCUACAGGACGAGCUGGAGGAAGCUGAGGACGCAGCAGCAUCUGCUUCCUUGGCAAGCUCAGCAUCUGGGUCUAGAACUGGACGCCACACCAAAUUAUAAGUCCUCCUCCAAAGUACUAAAUGGUUUGAAAUACUUCAGUUUAAUCUCUCCAGCAAUUGACUUUCUGACAGAACGUGAGAGCUGACUCCAGAACAUUGUCUUUAUAUGCAAAAAUGGCUCUCAUCAGCCCCUGUUUCAGCUCAGGAUUAUUUAAGUAGCGAAAAGAAUUGCUGUGAGAAAAGGGAAGGAUGUUGUGUGAAGCCACCCUUUUCAUUUUCACCUGUUUGCUAGACCUGAGUUAACAUCUUGUAUAAAGUAGAACUUAAAUUAUUUGUUUACAGUAUUGUGUACUGCUGUUUACAAGUCCUAUAAGGACUCCUGCCACCAUGGAAGAAGAGAGAACGUGAGUUUUGCUGGUGUAACUCGAAGGCAGUGGUAUGAUGAUGCCCUGGCUAUGAACUCUCCCCUUUGUUUUCAAGACCUAAGGCAGGUGAAACUUAAAUUUCUGAGAAAUGCUAGAAACUGCUGAAUGCUAUCCAUGUGAACAGGGUACCGUACACUCAAAGUGGCUGAUGUAAACAGGUAGAUUGCAGGAUGUAGGGAGACUGAUUUUUGUGUAAGAUCUGUUAUUGAAGUAUGACCUCUACAUUCAUGAAGCUGAGGAUUUUUGCACAUAUGAAGUGAAAUUUCUAUCUCAUUACACUGCCCACUGAUCCCUCACAUUUUGUUUUUUCUUUUAAAUUCAGCCAUGCAGUUUGCAUAGUAUCUUCUGUCCAUAUUUACAGUCUACUUCAACCAGAAUUUAGAUCUAUGAUUAUCGCCUCUUAAAAACAUCAACAGUUUUUUCACGGUUUGUGUUACUUGAUUUAAAACUUGUAUAUACAAAGUUAGUGCUUGUAUUAUUUUUUUUUUUUAAUUUUAUUAUUAUUUCACGUAGUUUGAAUAGCAUAAUACAAGCCAUUUAUGGUUGGGGAAUGGCCUUGCUUCCUGCUGCUGAUUUUGCUUCAUUUAAGUUUAUAAGCAUCAAUGGGUUUUGGUUUUGUUUUUUUUUUAACCGAUAUAUUAGCACCCGGUUGGUUGUGCAUAUCUGCACAAAUUACAGAGAAAUCUUAAUUUAUUUUCCCACAGUUUCUAUCUGUGGCAUUAACUUUCCUGUCAGAUGUAACGAAGAAAGACCUGAAAAUUGCUUAUGCACCUGCGUGUUUACACAGCAGAACCUGCUAAUCUGCACACGUAAUUAUGUCUGAAGGUAAGAGAUGCUAUUUUCUAAAACACAGAAGUAUGUUUGCUGGUAGAUUAUAAUUAGAGCUAAGUUAUAAUUAGUGAUCAGAAUAUAUAAUGGAAUGCCUUAUUCUUGUUCACUUACCAAGAGAAUUAAUGGUUCUUCCAGUCAUUAGUGUGAAUUGGCGAGGUUCUGUUGUGCACAUGAGGAUACAGUAGCACAAAUAUGAGGGAGGUGAGCUUGUGUAUGUUGUAAGACUCGCUGCCUUAAACUGUAACAAAACAUCUAUAAACUGAUGAGCUCUCCAAGAAGUGUGCAUUACUAGAAACAUAAAUGAUUUUUACAAGCUUUAUUUUUGAUCUGUUGCUCAGUUUAAUUUUUUCCAUCAAGUGAAGUACUGACUCUAACUUUUCUGUUGUUCAAAAGGGGAAAAAAAAAAAUCCUCCUAGGAGGCAAGAAUGCUUAAUGCUGUGUAUUCUCCAGGCCAUGGGUAGUCAGUGCCAUGAACCCUUCAGGAAGGUACAGUAGGUUAUGUUCUAGUAAGAAUUUGCAUCAUGGCCAACUCAAUUCAUGGUUGAAAAGAGCAAGAAGUUUUUCUUCUGGCAGUUGGGCUGAAGCCUUUGGAAGACAGCCUUGAAGCUUUCACUCAUCUUCUGUGAUACACUGUAGUGACAGAAAGAUAAGCUAGUAUUCAGUACUGAGGAAGAAUCAAGAGCCAUUUUUUUCAGAAGAGUGGGAUAGUUGUAGAAGUCUUGUUAUCUGUGCUUUGGUACAUGUAUUAAUGAUCUCUUCUACCAAGUGGGAAAUGCUCAAGACUGACAAGUCUACCAUGAUAUUUCUUUGCUCUCCAGAAUUUGGACAUACUGACUCGUUUUGUUUUUCCACUUGAAUCUCUGAAUUGGGGGUGGGUUUUUUGGUUUAUUUUUUCCUGGUGUGAAAAUGAGCAUGGUGGUCUCCAGUCAGCUCUCAAGCAUUACAGAAUGAACUAUUGCACUGCUCACAGCUAAGGUGACAGACUGUAGGUGUGUCGUUCCGUCUCUCCUGUGCAGCUGUAGUAGUAAUGUGACUCUUGGCCAAGGCAGGUCCUUUAUUUCAGCUCAGGGUUGAGGCCACUGAUCUAGCAACGUACUGUAGCUCUUCCUAGGUUUUAGGAAAAAUAAAUAGGAUAAAUUUUCAUUGCUACCUAAUUCUUCUGUACCAAAACCAGCUUUUUAGGCUUCUCAGAUAUCCAGAGCUCUAGAUCUCAAAUCUCUACACCUUCAUUAACACAACUACAGUAUGUACAAUGCAAGAAAGUGACAGAUCACAGCACAGUUUUUGUUUAGAAGUAAAACUAAGAAUAUUUUUUAUAAAGCAGACUGGAAAGUUUGUAACAAUUGUUCAUUUUAUCAGUAGCUGUACAGACGAAAAUACUGUCUUACACUCCACUUUUUGUUUAAAUACAUCCAUUUGUAAGUCCUGUGAGGAAACUGACACCUGAACCCUGAAGGCUGUUGGGUAUUGCAUCCAAGCAAGUGGUACUGUAACUUCAAUCACGUGCUGUGAACUUGGCCUCCGCUGGAUGCCCGCAAGAAGUCACCCUGCCAGCGGUUACUCCGAUCUGUUAGCAAUAGAGCAAGUUACCUUUCACCAGCAUUACUGCCAAGCAGGGAUUACUUUAGUCUACUAAUGACCACACUGUGCUAGGACUAGAACACUCCAAAAUGCUGUGAGAAAGCUGGACACCUGUGGAGUCUUUUCCAUCAAAACGGGUAGAAAAAUAAUUUGCUACUUCAGGGUUCUGCUCUGUUUACUUUCUCAUUCUCCUUUAGUUUUCUGUAAGGUAAUCCUUUUGAUACCUAGUGUACUCCUUAACUGUCAUUUUAUUUAAAUGCCAUUUUCAGUUCAGCAAGCCAAAAAAAAUCCAAUGUACUGUCAGUGUGCACCAGAAACUUCAGAGUGGCUUGGUAAAAAUAUACUUGCAUUACUUCUAAAAUUUGCAAUGCAAUUCUGAUCACUAUUGAUACAUGGUAAUUUUCACUGUUGGAAGUUGGUUACAAGCUGAAUAAUCACUGAUGCAUUUUGUUUUGUAAACUUGUAUUCAAGUUUACUGUACUACGUAGUAUUUGUAUAAAAUUCAAAGAAUUUUGACUUUGUUACCUUGUACAUGGCAACAAGUUGUCUAGCAUCUUAAAUCCAUCUGUUUAUUAAAAAUACUUUUAUAAAAAAAGA